AUGGUACGACCUGAUGUUAGAUAUAGAGAAGAACAACUAGAUUUUUUGGAAGCGUUUGUCGAUGCCGAUCCAAAACUGAGCCCGCCAAUCUUGUUCAUAGAAGGGCCGCAUGGAAGUGGUAAGACACAUACCCUCAAGAAGUUUUUUGCUUGCAAUGAAGAAAUCAUGAACAUUUUACUACCAGCGAAAGAUCUGAUAUAUAGCAAAUCCACCUGUCAGCGGUUGGCUACAUGUCUGCGUCAAUUGCUACUGAAACAAUUUCCUAGUGUGGAAACCACUGAUCUUGAUCCAUUUGAAGCCGAGGACGUAUAUCUUUUGCAGAAAUUUAUCAAUAAAUUGUUUAUCCGAUUUAAUCACUUGGUAGAACGCGUUAACCUUUAUGUUAUACUCGAUGGGCUGGAUGAUAAUUCACAGGUGAACUUGGAAACACCUACGCAACUCAUGGCAUUACCUGGAUCUAUUCUUCCACAAGCGAUGAUUCAACUUCGGUUAAUAAUCUCGUUCUCCAAAUCCUCAUUCUUGUCCAAUUACUCAACGUUCAAGGUUCCCACGAUCUUCUUCCCCAAAUAUAAACCACUGGAGAUUGAAUAUAUUGUAUCACAAACACCAGGUUUCUCGGAUGACCCGCUGUUAUUGGAAAAAAUGGAUGAGAUAGGAUGCGGAAAUACAGAACAAUUCAGGAGUGAAAUCUUCGAAAAAUAUAUCCAUUUCCUGAUAGAAUCAUUAAUUGUAUAUACAGGUUAUGACCCCACUGCACUGAUAGACAUAAUGAGAAUUAAAUGGAGGUGCUUUGUACGAUCUUUAAAUCAAGAGAACAUUAAAAAUACAGUACAGUUAUACAAAUCUAACCUGGAGCUAUUCAAUAAACCUAACGAAAGACUAAUACCACAAACCAGCCGUUCGGAUCAAAAUUCACUAAGUGGUACCGGGUCUGUUGGUUAUUCAAGCCAUUCUCUUUGUUUCAUGGCAAAAUAUCUUCUAAUAGCCGCAUAUUUGGCAUCAUAUUUGAAUCAUCGGUACGACUCUAAAGUCUUCUCCAAGAAGAGUCAUCUAAGGGGGGGUAGAUCAUCUUAUGGGAGAAGAAGCAAACCAGCGAAUAACCCGAGAUACCUUCAACCAUCAGGCUUUUCUCUUGAGAGAAUGCUGGCAAUUUUCCAAUCGAUAUACCCAGUCAGAGUUUCGAAGGAAUUGUCUCCAGAUUUCUUUCAAAGAGAUGUUCAUAUGAAAGCAAAUGUGGAAGUCUACGAAAACGUGUCCGAAUUGAUUACUUCUCAACUUCUUACCGGUCUGAACAUGCACAAAUUGGGGUAUCUUCACGAAAGACUUAAGUUUAAAGUUAACGUCACUUGGGAUUACAUAUUACUAGUGGCUGGCAGUGUUGAUUUUGAUAUUUCAGAAUAUUUCAGUGAUGUUGUGGAAUAA